AUGGGUGGAUGUAUUUGCAAGCGUAAAAGAGAAUCAUCAAGACGUGCUUGCGAUCGAAGAAUGCCUUCGAACAGUGAUAGCGAUCCACAGACUGGUGGUGAUGGUGCUGCAGCGCAACGAGCAAAUGGUGAUGAAUCACGAUCCCCACGUAGGCGGGUUGUUACACGUAGUGCACGAACAGUUGAUGCUUGUGCAAGCGGGGAUGCCGAAUUAGAUAUGCGAGAAUUGGUGCGACAAACAAUGAAAAUGAUACGUGAACAAGAUGCGCCGGCACCGUUGGCAAAGUUAAAUUCGGUUGCGGAGGAGGAAGGUGGCUGGAUUAUGGUUAUCAUGUCCCUGAUCGAUGCGAUACCGCUUGAAGAACCACUUGGACCUGCCGUGAUAACUUUGUUCCUGGAUGAAAGUCCAUUGCCAACAAAGGUUAGUUUUUGA